AUGCUGACAGCAUUUCAAAAAGAGAAUAACAUAAGUUUCAUGCCACACGAUAUAUCAGCUCUUAUUCAGGAACAUUUGCAAGGACUGGAAACUAAUCUAAAAGAAUAUUUUCCUCCAAUUAACAGUAACAAAGAAUGGAUAAGAAACCCAUUUUCAAUCAAUAUUGAAACAAGUUUUUCGGACUUAAAUGUUGAAUCAUUAAUUGAACUCUCAUGUGACACGGCACUCAAAGACAUAUAUAAGGAACGGCCAUUAAUAGAUUUUUGGUUAUCUUGUCGUAAAGAGUACCCAGUUGUAGCAGAACAAGCGAUAAAAUUUCUAAUGCCUUUUGUCACGACCUAUAAGUGUGAAGCAGGAUUUUCAACACUCGUCUUCCUGAAGAAUAAAUACAGGAAUCGGUUGGAAGUUGAACCGGACUUAAGAAUAAAAUUAACGUCCUUUCCAGCAAACUUGGAGUUCCUAGUUAAAAAUAAACAGCAUCAUACUUCUCACUGA